AUGCCGCUUCCCAAGCAUACAGUUCAACCAGUUAAACUAAGUCAGGUUGUUGUACCAAAUGGUGUAGACAACGAAUUAGAGUUCGUCGUCAAUUCGACGGUGUGCAAUGUUAUGCGGCAGAUAGCCUCCAUUAGUCGGCUAGCUAACAAUAUGUUUGAAGAACUCACUAGUGAUUUUUCUCGACUUGUUGAAAGAACUGCUCGUCUACAGAAUCGUCUGGGUAAACUUCAUGAAGAUAUGCAGAUGGCACGUAAUGGAGAUGAAGAUCUCACUGCUGGAGUGCAAGAAGUUGAACUUCCAGUCUUUACAAGUAAAAAGCCAACAGAUAGUCAAGUAUUAAAUCGAAAUACAAUACCUCCUUCAAUGCAGUCACAUUAUGAUCAAGCUGAACCAGCUCCUGCACUUCAACAGAUGGAUGCUCUUAGAGAUGACAAAAAAAUCAGUAUGAAAUUAUACUCAGAUCCAAGUUUCUUCUUCGACCUAUGGAGUCAAGAAAUGCUGCAAGAUCAUAAACAUAAAAGAACUGCAAAGAAAAAACGACCAAAAGUGAAAGCAAAGUCGUCGUCGUCUACUGUUCAAAAAAAUACCUCCACCAAUCAAGCUGCUGUUCAACAAAAGCCUCAUCAUCAUCACUUGGUCAUUCAACAACCAGGAGUUGGUGGUCACAACAACAAUCAUUCUUCUUCUUCACCAGUAGUGUAUGAUCAGAACGGUUCAAUGAUGAAUGCCACUUUGCAGAUGGAUAGAGAUCACACUGUCCUUCAUGGUAAACCAGCACUACCACCAGCAGGAGGUCAACUCCAAUUCCCCAGUAAUAAUAAUGCUAAUUUCGGGAAUGUUCCACUGCCGCCACCACCUCCUCCACCUCCACCAGCUGUUGUCGCCCAGUCAUCAAUGCAAGUAGAUCAUCAUCAUCAUGUGAUGCAAGAUGAUGUUCAGUACAAGGUGGUAGAUCAGCAAGGAGGGGAUUAUCAGUCUGGCAGACAACAGGUGUCCACCAUGCAGGAUGGUAUCAAUCCGUUUUCAGUCAUAAACAGUGGUGGUCAUGAACCUGCAUCAAAUCAUCAUCAUCAUCAUCAGGUGAUCCUGCCAGAGCCGCCGCCGCCUACACUUCCCGUACAAAUCCCGACGCAUACUGCGCAUACUACUAUACCUCCACCGUUACCACCUCCAGCCUUUAUGAAUGAAUGUGAUCUAACAAAAAAUGCAGGUGGUGGUUUCAACAAAACUUCAUUUCCUAACAGUGAUAAUUAUUCUAGUAGAGACUUGUCUUCACAAAAUGGAAGUUGUGCGCUUUCAUCAUCAUCAUCAGCCAUGCACACGCAAGAUGAUACUCAGAUGAGACAGUCGUCUCAGUAUGUCAAUGGUGGGGGUGUGUCAUCACUGAUGCUGAAUGAUCUGCCUCCACCUCCUGCACCGAUUUUUGGCGAUAAAAAUUUAUUUGAAUCAUCUUCGCAUAGUGGAGAUAUCAACGAGUCUGAAGGACACAAUGGUCAAAAAGCAGUCCACUGCUCGGCUUCUCCUCCACUACUGCCUCCUCCAGCAGCACCGGUCUCGUUUCCAUCACCGCAGACUUCUCUUCCAAGUCCACCAGUUCAGUCAGCGCCACCGCCGCCGCCACCUCCUCCUCCACCACCACCAUUGCCUGCUUUUAUGGCACCUCAAAAAUCAAUCCCUGAAGUUACAAGGGAGCAAACAUCAUCAUCAUCAUCUCUGCUGCCAAAUAAGGACACUGCUGCUACACGAUGUGCUAUGCCUCAGUGCCCUCCUCAGGAUUUACUUUCUGCUAUACGUGCUGGCUUUCAGCUACGCAAAGUCGGUGAACGACAGCCACCGGAUCCAUCAAAGUGGUGCAGUCGUGCAAAUAGUUUGUCGACUUUAGGCAGUAAGCCGAAGGAUGUACAAGCAAUCUAUGAAGCUGUUCGACGUCGUCGAGAAUGCAUGGAGAAUUCCUCCGAGGAAGAUGACGAUGAUAAAGAUGCCAAUAGUGAUUCUUCUGGUUGGGAAGAUUAA